AUGAGCAACUCAAAUGUAUUGUUUGAUUCACCACAGAUUAGAAGAAAAUCUAGUACAACCAAUGCAUACAUGGUUUCGUCUAAAACCAAAAGCAAAGGUCACAAGACGAAAAUAACACCAAAGUCUACCCCAGCCAAUUCUACUUCGACGUCUCCGAGACCGGAACCAAUAAUGAUCAAGAGGAGAAACUCCUCAUUUGCAAAUUCUUCUUCGCCCUGGUUUAGAAGAAACUCCUUUUUAUCACCAACAAUGAUCCAAGACGAGAAUUUCAACGUUUACGAGUCAAAUAGCGGCAUAUACUCCUCAUCAGAUGAUGGGGAUUCGCGUAUUUCAAAUUAUUCAAUCAUCUCAUUACGCGAAUGUCAGGGUUUUUUGUUUAAUCAGGAUUUGUUUGCCACACCCUACCAGCAGGUUCGAUCACAGGCAAACGAAAAGAGACUCCGCUCAAGUUUUAGUAGAAAUUUGGGUACAGAAGGUAAAAAAACGUGUAGUGGGACAAGAAACAGAAAUAGAAGCAGACGCCAUACAAGUUAUCACUCGCAGAGACCACGUUUUGGUGGAAGAAAUACUGCUUUGGGGUUGGAUAGUGCUAUAAAUGACGAGGAAAAUGAAGAGAUGCAUGAUGCGGCACAAGAACUUUUAGAAGAACCAAAGGGAUUAGGUAUUGGUAAUGAGCUCGAUAACGGUAUGGUGGAUGAAGAAGUUGUGGAAAAUGAAGACGAUUUUGAUGACGAUGAAGAGGAGGAAGAGGAAGAAGAGGAAGAAGAGGAAGAAGAGGAAGAAGAGGAGGACUACAGAGAAAUGCAUGCUUAUGGUGGAGACUUUAAUAACAGAAGGUACAAGGUACGAGUCACAGACAUUAUUAUUGACGAAGCAGAUAACGACAUUUUCCCAACCCUGGAAAUAUAA